UGCGCUUGUUAAAUCACCUGUUUAGCGAAGUAGGCUAUGAUUCAAUGAUAAAUUAACAGGCACCGCAUCGAUUAUAUGCAACGCAGGACAAGCUAGAUAAACUAUUAAUAUCAUCAACCAUGUGUCGUUAACUAGGGAUUAUGUUAAGAUUUAUAGUUUUUUUAUAAGAUACUUUUCAUGCUAGCUAGCACCUUACCUUGGCUCCUUGCUGCACUCGCAUAACAGGUAGUCAGCCUGCCACAAAGUCUCCUCGUGGAGUGCAAUGUAAUCGGCCAUGAUCGGUGUGCAAAAAUGCCGAUUACCAAUUGUUAUGAAAACUUGAAAUCGGCCCUAAUGAAUCGGCCAUUCCAAUUAAUCGGUCGACCUCUAGUUUGGAUAGUUACCACAUUGAACACUACCCUCUGUGUGUAGUGGUUGUGUUUUCAGUUCAGCUGGCUUGAUGCUUGGUCCAGAGUGGACUGAUAAUCCAUAACUUAUAACAGGUGAAGAUUUUAAAAAUCAUUGUUGCAGUACAGUAAUUUAUUUGAAUUGUAUUUAUUAUUUAUUUAACCAGGUGAGUUGACUGAGAAUACAUUGUGAUUUACAGCAACGUCCUGGGGUAAAUUACAAUACAUAGAACUAGUUAAAAGCCAUAGUUAACACGCAGAAAUAUAAGCAAGCAAAGAAAGAAAUUCAAUAAAGAUGGAUCUCAUAAGAAUUCCAAUUUCCUUUUGCCUCUCAACAAUAUUGAUGUACUAUAAGACUGAUAGGCUACAAGAAAAUUAUAGAGAUGUGUUGGAAUUAAUAUAUAUUUAGUGUCUGUCCUCAUACAAUAAAGUAGGCUAAUGUAAUUGAAUAAUAAUAAUUGAUUGGAUUUAUAUAGUGCUUUUCUACCAACUGAGGUACUCAAAGUGCUUUACAUAGUAAGGGAGAAACUCACCUCAUCCACCUCCAAGGUGAUGCACAGUGACCCUUUUUGUGCCAGAACGCUUACCAAACAGCAGCUAGAAAGGUGAGGAGUGAUAUAUGCCAUUUGGGGAGAUGAUUAGGUGGCCACGAGGGUAUGAGGGCCAGAUUAGGAUUUUAGCCAGGACACCGGGGUGAACACGCCUACUCUUACGAUAAGUGCCAUGGGAUUUUUAAUGACCACAGAGAGUCUGAACACCCGUUUAACAUCCCAUCCCGAAAGACAGCACCAUUCGUAGGGCAAUGUCCCCUCUACUGCCCUGGGGAUCUCCUUAGACCAGAGGGGGUGCUCUCUACUGGCUUUACAUCACCACUGCCAGCAGCACCUGGUCUCCCAUCCAGGAACCAUCCCUGCUUAGCUUCAGAGGCAAACCAGGAAUGGGAUGCUGCUGGUAUCAAGCGGAAGGCAUGAAUCAAAAGGUUGUUUACUGAAACUCCCCAAGUCUUUCCAAUCAAUGUAAUACAUGUUAAACAAUAGCCUGCCUUUCUGUGGUCAACUAGAUGAUAAUUGUAAACACUGUUGUGAUUUGAGACAAGCUUGGGGACUCGUCUUUAAAAAUCAAUCAACGUCAGACUUGAGUUUUCACUGAAUCUUCGUUUGGAUAUUGGUUAGGCUGCAAUUAGUCUAGGGAAAUGUUAUCUAUAGUUAAGGUGAGUGCUGCUCUGAUCAUCUUGUCUAGUUAGCUCAUUUAUUAGAAUAUUUUGCCAGCAUUUUGCCAGUAGUUUAACAGGUUGGUUAUUUUGCUCUUAACGCAAGUCGUUUAGUAUGCAAUAGUGUAGCUUAAAUCAAGUGUAUAGGCAACUCUUAAAGCCCGCGGAGGUGGGGGGGUACCGUAAAUCCUAUGUGAAAUCCGUAUUACAUACCUGAACAAUUGCUGUUCUUGAGUGGUAAAAAUACCGUAAAUCCUAUGUGAAUGCAGUUCUACGCAUCUAAACCAUUGUUGUUAUUGUGGAGCACUCCUCUACAGUAGGUGGCGGUGUUGUACUUUCAAUUGAAUUGCACGGUCCAGUUUAUGAUUACAUUACUGUGAAGAUGACGAAAAAAACAAUCUCAACAGCUACUUACAAACAAAGCAAGCUAGCGAUGUUUAGUUUAUGAUAUGCUUGUAUCAAUUUUACUAGCUAGAUAAAUAAUUGUGAAUUAUCAUAAUAUAGAAAAACAAAAACACUGUUUCAUUGAAAAGGGGCCAAAAGCGUCGGGGCACAAUGUCGGGUUCCGUUGCCGAUUUCCAGGCGCAGAUAGCCUCGAUCAUGGAGGUGCUAGCCAACGCGGCUGUAGCCGAAAUCUGCAAAGUUGUUGACGAUGGCUAUGCUGUUGUACAUCUGGAGAUGUCCCAAAGCCACAAGGAGAACGAAUUUCUCCGGAGGAAAAUGAAAUUGAUGGAACUUCAGGUCGCCAGGUUUCGAGCAGAGAGAACAAAGUCUUCAGAGGGGUCCGUCCACAAUCGCUUUCAUGGAAUACGCCUCCUAAACAGACACAACCAUCGAGAAACUGCAACGACAGGACCUACUUGGCAAAGCAGAGCCAGACUUUCCAACAGGAGUUUUGGGAACAGCAGCAUUCAAAGAGACAGACAGCCCAUAGACGUGGACCAAGACGACGUCUCUCCAUCAAAGCAUAUGGAUGCUACAAGUGAUGAGCAGUCAGCAGAGACAGAGGAAGGGGAACCAGACCUGCUGAUCAUCAAGGUGGAGGGAGAAGCAGGUGACCAGGACUGUAGGUUCAGCCACCCAGCUAGAACAGUGGAGGGCAGCAGAGAACUAACCACCCAACCGGCUGCAGCCACCACAGAGGACCCCGCCUUCCAGUCCAGUGGCCCCAGAGGCAACAACAACCACUACAACAACACCGCUAUGGAGGCCAAAUCUACUGUGGAAGGGGAGAGAGACCUCCAGCCAUGGAAGAAAGAAGAGGGUCUGAGGGAGAUGCCAGGCACUGAUAGUGGCCACAGAAUGACAGACCCAAACACACCGACCUCUCUAGACACGGACCAAACAGAGCUCACUGAGCAGCUCAGAACCAAACACAGCAUAGUGACUGUCAAUAGAUCAGACACUGUUUUCAAGUCAGACCCGGAGCCUGAGAGCCUGAGCCAGGUGUUCCAACUCACAGGUCCAAGACCUGUUGCUAAACAGCAAUGUAGCCUGAACCCCGAGAGAACAACCGAUCUGCCUGUAAACUCCCAUAAGCGAAGAGGCAGUGAUAUAGCGAAUGAUCGGCCGUCUUGUUCUAGUUAUGCUGCCGAGACCGUCUCAGGAAGCCCCUCGCCUCUAACAAAGCUGAACCCUAUUCCCCCACUUUCUCAGAUGGUGAGGAGUGAACACGAGUAUUCCCAGGGCAGUUCAGAAGUCAUGUCGGAGGUCAUAGUUAUCGACCCCCUUCCUGUUGACGAUGGGGAUGGCACGCCCUCGUCGUGGACACAAGGUGACAUCAUGGAACACGGGCAUCAUCAAGGAGGACAUAGUGAAGCAGAUGCCAUGCUUCUCGGAGGACAUUCGAGUAACGCUUAUCAUCAUCAUCAUCCUCACCCAGGUGUCCAGCCAGCAGCGAGACAGAACUCAUCUGACAAUCACUUCUACACCAUCGGCUUGGACGGCGCAUUCAACAACCGCCUCGGCACCUUUCAGAACCCCGCAACCACCGCCACUCCAUACGCCACGGGAACCGAGGAGCUGCAGUACCCCACCUGGGUGGAUUUCCCUGGGAGCGCCCCCGACACCCACCUGGGCGACGUGACUGGGACUCAUCAGGACAGAGGGUCUAGGGAGGAGGGGGCGAGGUCCUACAGGUGCACCUUCUGUGAGAGGGAGUACCCUCACCUGUGCCAGCUCAAGAUGCACCAGAGGGUUCACACGGGGGAGAAACCGUACGAGUGCGCCCUGUGUGGGAAGCAGUUCAGCCAGCUGUGCAGCCUGAAGCGGCACCAGAGAGUACACACAGGGGAGAAACCUUUCAGAUGCGCUCAAUGCGGGAAACAGUUCUCUCAUUCCAGCAAUUUAAAAGUGCAUCAGAGCGUCCAUACGGGUGAGAAACUGUUCCACUGCACCCAGUGUGGGAAGAACUUCUCCUUUCUGAGCAAUCUGAUAAGACACCAGACAGUUCACGCACGGAAAUUAUAGGUUGUGUUGUGAUUUGGGAUUGUGUUUUCUGAAUUGAUUGUAAAUUGUAUGUGUAUGAUUGCUCUGGCUUAAAGGUUUUUAUCUGUUUAUUUCUC